UUCAAGGACUGGAGUUCCAAAAUAGCUCAGCCUCCUACAAUUUCUAAGUACCAAGUUUUUUUUAAAAUGCAUAAAUAAAUAAACUAUUUUUGUCUAAUUUGACAAGUAUAUAGAUAGAUCUUUAAAAAAGGAAAAUUGAGGCUUUCGAGCAUUUUAUUGAUUCCACGGUAAUCCCAACAGAAAUAAUUAACUGAAUUAACAUUUUUUAGAGGCACAAGGAGCUUUGUGUGUGAGAGAAAGAGAAAUCAUGGCGAGCAAUGUGAAACAACAAGAACGAAGAAGAAGAAUUGUGGAGAGAGGGAGUGAUCGGAUGGCUCUGAUCACCGGCCAAGUGCGAACGCUAAAUGAUUCGUCAUCGCUAUCAUCACCUACCGAAACAUCGACACAGCGUCCACAUCACCAUGCGCACACAGAAUCCUCUCCAUCAAUUUUGUUCUCUCCUGAUGAUCAGUCUCAAAUCAACCCUGCUCCCGAAGUAGCAAAUGAGGCAUCAUUUUCAAAGUUGGUGAAACUGAGGACAAUGAAUGAGUGUUCAUCAGGAAACAGAGCAUUUGACAUCUCAUCAGGAACCAGAGCAUUUGACAUGUCAUCAAGAACCAGAGCAUUUGACAUAGGAAAACAAAUAGAACCUCAACUUAAUAAAGUUGAAACAGUUCCUGAAAUUAUAAAAACUCCUGUUAUUGACACUAUAACCAGAACAAGCACACAGCCACCUAAAGCCACACCGUCAAUUCCAAAGCCACAAACUCAGUCCUGUUUCUUCUCUUCCAAAAGGGUAAAUUCCUGCAUUAUGGCAUCUGAGAAUAUGCGUGCGAUCAGCUCUCUCAUUAUAGCAAUUUUAGUGGUUAUGUCUAAUAUUGGGUAUCCAAUUUUUGGAUUUGAUUUCUUGAGUUGGGUCCACUUUAUCGUCUCUAGACCUUUUUUUUUAAUUCUGUUAACUGAUGUAACAAUUGUGCUUUGUCGAAUGGUUUGCGAGCCUGCAAAUUUCGUUGUUGAGGAGACUGAAGAAGAAAGAAAAGAUGAAGGAGAUAAUUGGGAUGGAGCAGUUAAAUUUUUGGAGAGAGGUUUGGUUUUAUACCAUGCUUCUCAUGGCCUUUUUAUUGAUUGUAGUAUUUAUUUGAUUAUGGUCAUUUCUGGCCUCUCUUUAGUCUAGUUUUUUCUGCAAUUCCAAGAUUAAUAAUUAUAAUUAAUAUUUAAGCAUUAGGCAGUUUAGUGCUUGAGGAUUUCUUUUAGUUGAAAUCUCUAUUGUCAUUCAUUUAUAUUAUUUCUGUAUAAACUUCUUGAGAAUAAGACUUAAACCCACCUAUUUCCAUUUGACUUCAA